GACCAGGACAACACAACUGAACACAAAAUGCAUUUUUUUUUAAUAUUAAACGUUUUAUUAUUAAAUCCAAACCUAUACAUAAUUGGUAAUAACAUAUAAGAGGAGCCGAAAGAGCCGUCUCUUUUUAGUGAACCGAGCCAAAGGAACCGGCUCUCUAAAAAGAGACGGAAUUUCCAUCGCAAGCAGUGAGCUAGCUAAGUUUGCUAGCUGCUACAAAAGCGACGCGGAGUUGGCAAGUGUUGUGAUUGUAUCAAAGUGUGUAAAUCAGCCUCCUGAAUGAGGAUGUUGAAAUAGUAGUGAACGAACGAAUACUGAACACGGGGAGGGAAUUUCUCGGACAAUAGACAAGAACGACUGGACGCUGUUUUCAAGACGCCGGAAGUUGUGUUACACAGAGCAGACAUCAGUGAAGAUCUUCCCCCUGAACGGCAGCAGUGGGACUCCGGGAUGAAGCAGGAGGAGCCACAGUGCGUCCACAUUAAAGAGGAAGACGGGGACCCACAUCCCCUCCACAUCAAAGAAGAACAUGAGGAGGAGGUGGAGUUCCCAGUGAUUGUUGUCACUGUGAAGACUGAAGAUGAUGAAGGUGAAAAUGAGGAGAAGAGACAGGCGGAGCCUCCGAGUAGGACCUCAACCCAACACCCAACAGAAGCUGACGGAGACCACUAUGGAGGAUCACAAGCACACAACCUCCUAGCUCCGCUAUCAGAUAACGACGACACAACGUCACAUUCUUCCGACACGGACGAUGACGACUCUGAAGCUGAUAUGACACGUCACCACGGCAACACGCGCUGGAAAUGCUCUCAAUGUGACAAAACCUUUGGCAGCAAAAGGAAGCUGACAAUACACACCAGACACCACACGGGAGAGAAACCUUUCAUCUGCUCAGUUUGCGGUAAAGAGUUCAUAUCUAAGUCGAAAUUGAAGCAACACAUAAGAAUACACACCGGAGAGAAACCUUUUCCUUGCAAAGUGUGUGGUAAGAGAUUCUCCCAGCGUUCCAAUUUGAAGGUACACACAAGGACACACACUGGAGAGAAAGCUUUUCCUUGCACGGUUUGCGGUAUAAGAUUAUCUCAGCGGUCGCAUUUGAAAGAACACACAAAAAUACACACUGGGGAGAAACCCUUUCCUUGCGCGGUGUGUGGGAAACGAUUCUCUCGGCGCUCAAAUUUGACUAAACACACAACAAUACACACUGGAGAGAAACCUUUUUCUUGCACGGUGUGCGGGAAAAGAUUCAAUCAAAAAAGUUAUUUAACAACACACACGAGAAUACACACCGGAGAGAAACCUUUUCCUUGCAUGGUAUGCGGGAGAAAAUUUAAUCAAAAAAGUGAUUUAAAAACGCACACAAAAAUACACACUCGGGAGAAACCGUUUCCAUGCACGGUGUGCGGGAAAAGCUUUCAUCAGAAGAGUGAUCUAAGAACACACACAAGAAUACACACCGGAGAGAAACCUUUUCCUUGCAAGGUGUGUGGGAAAGGUUUCUCUUGGAAGAUAUCGUUGAUAGGACACACAAGAACUCACAUUAAAGAAAAAAACGUUUCUUCUUCGGUGUGUGGUCAGCGAGUCCCGAAGAGUCCAACACUGACUGAACACAAACGAGUCCACAAUGGGGAGUAACUUGAAAACUCAAUUGAAAUAAUUAAGUUCAAUUUCUUUAUGAUUUCCUAACUGACAUUGUGAUGAAAUGUUUAUCAAAUGUAUCACUUUUCUUCUUUUAGA